AUGAAUUGGAAGGCUGUAACUGACGUGGAUUUUAUUGUUUCUGCAACACAGUUCGUUUGUGCUUCCAAAUUAUGCGGAAGUGAAAUUGGUCGGAAAACAUUGCGCAUCAAAGGUAUAUAUGCAUUGUUACGGGAAUUUGAUCGCGCUUCGUCCACUUCAAUAUCAUUAUUAAAAAAAAAUUCAUUGGAGGAGUCACGGGUGAUAUCGGUUAGUGAGGAUGGUAUUAUAAAUAACCAUUCCCAAUCUGAAAUGCACGAUCGACAAGAUCUGCAAGUUGGAUCAGCAAUUCACGAUGUCCAGGAAAUGGCUACAAGCGCUACUAACAUGCAAGAAAUAAAAUUUGUAGGUGGAACUGGAAGCUUAAUAUAUAUAGAUGGGCAAAAUUGUUCGACCUUACAUGCACUGAUUGGCUUACUCAUUCAGGAAUGA